CUGACCCCCGGCCAUGAGGCCAGUUCAAGUUCUCUCUGAGUGCGCUCAGAUAGACCUCGAUGGAUAUGCCAACACCUUUAGCUCCUGCUUGCAGAGUUGAAGGUUGUAUGAUUGCAGUUGACGUUGUUCUUCAAUCCAGCGAUAACGAACUUUUUGGGGCACAUACCAAGAACCUAGAGUGCUUUAACGAAGGUUUUCCUCCGGCAGGAUGGGCCAAAAAAGUGGACGAGGUGGUGGUGUUGACGGAAUCUAGCGCAGUGCUCACGCUCUUGUUGGGCUUCACGCACAACAGCCUUGCCCUUCCUGACCUUGAGGAUGGGGAUAUUGAUAUUGACAACCUACUGUCGCUCUGUGAGGCUGCAGAGAAGUAUGGUAAUUUUAUUGCGUUGCAGGCGUGCAGGAGAGGCUUGAAGAACCGAGCCAAGACCUUAGACCCUGAUGGGUUGCUGAAAGUCCUCCGUUACAAAGUUUGCCGGUUCGAUUCCACCGAUAUCAACGACUUUGCUCGCAGAACUCCUGGUAUUCCGGUCAAGGAGGUGUGGUCAUUUUACAAAGGAUAUCCGGAGGUUUAUUACCUCUGGUCUCGAUACCAGAUAGCAUGGGCCGAGUGGGACGCAGAAUUCGAUUCUGCAAUGGAUAUCAACUCGUACCCCGUUCGGCACUUGAACGAUGUACGUCAAUGCCCGGAACUGGAUAAAUACCUCGACUAUUUCCGGGGUUCGAAAAAAGUCAGCGGAAUUCGUGUCACUUGGGAGGUAUUCAACAGCAAUCGAAUGUUUGUGAAUGGGCUACCCGGCAUAAAAACAAUGUGUGGUUGCGGCGCCUUCACGAAGUGGACAGCUAACAUUCAAAAGGUCUUCGAGCGUCAACCUCGGUGGGAGGAUUUUACAAAUUGAAGAAGGACACCCAAUCUUGCUCAGGAAAUGUUGAAGGGAGCUUUACUGUCAUUGUUGCUUCAAAUAACGAAAUCGUAUUGCAAUCGUAUCGCAGACCUGGUUCAUCUCAUCCGUUGACAUCUGACUCGGUAUAUAGAAUUCUAAGUGAUGGGUGGAGAUAGUCGGCCCUGGUCAGGAGCGGCGCCGCAACGCGUGGAAGGCAAAAAAAUCACUAGUUAUUGUUACCCUCCUCUCAAGCCUCGCCGAAUAGUUAGUCGAGGGUGAUAUAAUAUAUUCAGGAGGCCAACAAACGCG